GCCGGUGGGUGGGUGGCUGGUGGGCGGUGAAAAAGUCCCAGUCCAGCCAGUGCUGAGUAAGAUUAGUUCUAACAAGUUAAGUAGUAAUUCUAUUUCAAGGGCUGGUUAGUUAGUUAGCUUGCACUAAAAACACGGGACUGAUAUGGAUCCCGGGUGGGGCAAUGACCAAGCAUGGAAGCAAACAACAACCAACAGGCCAGUCACACACUACCUCCAAACAAUCCAACAUCCGACUUUCCACUUGAACCACUUUCUCUUUUCAAUCAAGUCAACGGCACCGGGCCACAGGGCACAGCACCGAGGGACUGCCAGCCCACUUUGACCCGUGGCAUGUUCCAGGUUCCAAAGCAGAAACUUUCAGAAAUUCAGAGACUUCUUCCGGACCCUGAGAAUCAAUUGCUCGCGCCUUCAAUGAAUGGUCAGUGUUACAGUGAGGUGGGGCGGGCAAGUCGCGGGAUGCCGAGUGAUGGAACUUCCUUUCCAUCUUUCCCACACAAUCACACCCUGUCCCUUCGACCCCCCUCGACCCCCCCACCCCACAGGAACCCAAUCGAAAAUCUGCACUUGCUGUUCCUUCCGUACCUUGCGACGCGACUGCGUACGUAUGUAUGUAUGCACGGUUGUCCACUGCCACUCUUUUCCAGGAGGACUGCGUACUAAGUCUACCAGGGGGGCAAAAGCGGCACCACUAUUCUCAUUUCUUGCGCGCACUCACGAUAACCGAUAUACAAUAAUAGCGCAGUGGCAAAUAGCCUGAAUUACA